UUUUCAACUGCCCUAAUUCUCUCUCUCCCUCUCUCUCUCUCUUUAUUUGUAGUUUUUUCAUUUCCCAUUUUCUUCACUUUCAUCUUUCCACAAUUCCUUAUUACUUCACAUUUCUCUCUCAAUAUCUCUUUCUUUUUUUUUCCUUCUGAUCGGAAAAAGUCACCGCCGGCCACCGGGAAAUAUGGAAUGGGCCACCGGAAGUUUCAGACCCUUUGUUUCUCGAGCACCAGAAUCUUCUUUUGGGUUUCUCUAUAACUAUAAUCUUGAACAAUUUCAGGGUGUAGGCGUAGAUGUGAAGCAUUCGACGAUGGCGGGGGCGUCGGAGACAGUGCUGCAAGGGCUGGUUCCAGGGAUGGAUAUGAACAGCUAUGGGAAUUUGGAGAAGAAGAAACGGCUGAGCAGCGAGCAGCUCGAGUCACUUGAACGGAGCUUCCAGGAGGAGAUCAAGCUUGAUCCCGACCGGAAGCAGAAGCUGUCAAAGGAACUCGGUCUGCAGCCUCGUCAGAUCGCCGUUUGGUUUCAAAACCGUCGUGCAAGGUGGAAGGCGAAGCAGCUUGAGCAUCUCUAUGAUACUCUCAAGCAGGAGUUUGAUGCCAUUUCUAGAGAGAAACACAAACUUCAAGAAGAGGUAAUGAAGCUCAAAAGCAUGCUGAGAGAGCUUCAAACUGCAAGGAACCAAGUGUCGACGGUGUAUACCGACUUGUCGGGCGAGGAGACGGUGGAAAGCACCUCGGUUGGAGCUGGCUGCUCGAGCAAGCCGAGACCAGUAGCUGCUGCAGCAGCAGCGGUGGCGGCCGCAAACCACUACCCGACGCCACCGGAGCAGUGCAACUAUGUGUUCAACACAGAGGAUUACAACCCCAUGUCUCCAACUUUCUGGGGCUCUCUCCCAUCCUCUUAUCAUCCCCAGUAGACUUUGUUUGCUUUGGCACUUUUGCCCUUCUCUUUUUAUCAAGUUUUAAUGUCUCCCAACUUAGCUUCUUUUUUUUUUUUUUUUCCUCCUUUUUUUCAAGAAAAAGUUAAGAUUGUGAAGUGAGAGUUUAAAUUAGGGUUUUAGAGAAUACUCUUUGAAAUUUGACAGUUUCUAAUAUCAUUAGUCUCUUUUCUGGAGUCUUGGGAUCUGUUUGGACAGUUCAGAUCAUACCACCUCAAAUCUGGUUUCUUAUUUUAUAUAUAAAAAGAGGAGAAAUUUGAGAAAUUUAUGGGGGGGAAAUUAUUGAGAAAGAGUUGAGGUUAUAUGAUCUGAACUUUCUGUGCUGAUCUAAGAAGAUCCCAGUUUAAUAAAAUUGAAUUUAUCUUUUGUGUUCCACUAA